CCUUCCUCGCAUCCCCGUCGCGAUCGACUCGAGCUCUACUCCGCGACCGAAUCGAGCCGAGCCGGGCCGAUUCUCAAAUUAGGGCUCUGAUCGCCAAUCCCCGCGCGCCGUUUCGGAGUCGAUGAAGCCGAUAAGGCUCCCGGAGCCUCCCGGCCCUACCCCGGGCGUGCCGGAGAUCUUCGACGGCGGCGCCUACAGCGUCGUCCGUCGCGCCGUCGUGAUCGGGAACGGCUCGACCGGGUCCGAGAACCAGUGCGUCGGUCUGGUUCGCGCCCUCGGAUUGUCCGACAAGCACGUCCUGUAUAGAGUUACGAGACCAAAAGGAGGCGUGAAUGAGUGGCUGCACUGGCUUCCUGUAUCUGUUCACAAGAAGUUGUAUUUUGUCCUUAGACGAAUUUUUGGGUACACGCAGCUUUUGUUGACGGCCCGAGGGAGAAAAAAUGUGCUUGUACAUCCAGAAAACGGUGGCAGUGUUGGACUGUCUUCUAUAUUAGAGGCUGAUGCGAAGCAGAUUGUGAAAAUGGCUCGUGACACCUACGAAACGGAUGGGCCUCUAUUAGUCGUUGCAUCUGGCAGAGAUACAAUAUCCGUUGCAAGUUCCAUAAAGCGGUUAGCAUCAGAGAAUGUUUUUGUUGUUCAGAUACAACAUCCAAGGGUGAAAUUAAAUAGGUUUGAUUUGGUGAUCACCCCUCGACAUGACUACUAUCCUCUGACCCCUGAGGCACAGGAACAGGUUCCUCGAUUCUUAAAGCGAUGGUUAACUCCACAAGAACCUCCCGAUGAGCAUGUGGUCCUCACUGUCGGAGCUUUGCACCAAAUUGAUUCUGCUGCACUUCGGAAUGCAGCCAGUGCUUGGAAUGAUGAGUUUGCACCCUUGCCAAAACCCUUACUUGUGGUUAAUAUAGGAGGACCUACACGUCAAUGUCGAUAUGGAGCAGAUCUUGCAAAGAAGUUGAUAUCUAAUUUAUUGAGUGUGCUCGCAAGCUGUGGGACGGUCAGAAUUUCUUUCUCAAGUAGAACACCAGAUAAGGUAUCCGGUAUUAUAGUGAAACAACUUGGCGAUAAUCCAAAAGUUUUCAUCUGGGAUGGUCAAGAGCCUAAUCCGCACAUGGGGCAUCUGGCAUGGGCUGAUGCCUUUGUUGUCACAGCAGAUUCAAUUAGUAUGAUCAGUGAAGUCUGCAGCACUGGGAAGCCUGUGUAUGUAAUGGGAGCUGAUCGGUGUACCUGGAAGUAUGCAGACUUUCACAAGUCUCUGAGUAAGCGAGGUGUAGUUCGGCCAUUCUUGGGCUCUGAGGAUAUUUCGGAAAGUUGGAGCUAUCCUCCCCUUAAUGACACUGCUGAGGCUGCUAGUCGGGUGCGUGAAGCGCUUGCUGAGCGGGGAUGGAGACUACGUACAUAAGAAACAUGUCGAUGACUGAUUUUGUAUGCAUAUUAUUUUAUUUUUGUUGAGUUCAGAAGAGGAACUCUGCUUAACACUGCAUUGUUCAAUACAACACGCCGGGAAGCAACUUGAAAUCACUGAACAGCUUCUGCAUUAAUAUUGUUUACCCUUGUGGAUUUUGAUACGAAUAGAAUAAAAGACCAGCUGUAGGAGCAUGUGGUGUGUCCAAAGGAAAGAUGCACGCAUCUUUUGUUU